CUAGUGAGAGGGCCAGAAGCGUCACCGUGGUUACAGGAUAGAGAGCAGCUCCUCAUACAGGAGUGUGUGUGUGUGUGUGUGUGUGUGUGUGUGUAUAUGUAUAUAUGUAUAUAUGUGUAUAUAUGUGUGUGUGAGGUGUGUGUGUGGGGGGCAUUUAAUCUGGACAACGCGAUUCGUUCAUACAUAUAUACGGAUAAAGAGUUGUAGCAUGGCGGAGAGGGUCUGAGUCCCGGGACGAGGAGCUUUUCUCCCCCGGAUGAGUGACACAUGAGCCGGCCUGAGCUGAGAGCUGGCAGCCGGGGGACUGGAGUAGUGCGGGCCGGCGUGACGCUGAAGUAAAAGCCGAAGUCUCUUUGCUCGUACGCCGUCAUCGAUAUGGUGAUCAUGCGAGAGGCGAGUGCAGGAAGUCCGGCCGCUGUUUCUGCCCAGGGUCGACCCCUGCAGGUGGGCUUCUACGAGAUCAUCCGCACGCUGGGCAAGGGCAACUUCGCCGUGGUCAAACUGGCCAGGCACAAAGUGACCAAAACCCAGGUCGCCAUUAAAAUUAUCGACAAGACCCGGCUGAACUCGUCCAACCUGGAGAAGAUCUACAGAGAGGUGCAGAUCAUGAAGCUGCUGAAUCACCCGCACAUCAUCAAGCUUUACCAGGUCAUGGAGACCAAAGACAUGCUGUACAUCGUGACGGAGUAUGCGAAAAACGGCGAGAUGUUCGACUACCUGACGUCUAACGGGCGCAUGAGUGAAGCAGAGGCACGCAAGAAGUUCUGGCAGAUCCUCACGGCUGUGGAUUACUGCCACCGCCACCACAUCGUCCACCGGGACCUCAAGACUGAGAACCUGCUGCUGGACGCCAACAUGAACAUCAAACUUGCAGAUUUCGGGUUCGGGAACUUCUACAAUGCCGGAGAGCCUCUGUCGACGUGGUGCGGGAGUCCGCCGUACGCCGCCCCUGAGGUCUUUGAGGGAAAAGAGUAUGAAGGACCACAGCUGGACAUUUGGAGUCUGGGUGUAGUGCUGUAUGUGUUGGUGUGUGGAUCGCUGCCGUUCGACGGAGAAAGCCUGCCCACGCUGAGGCAGAGAGUAACGGAAGGGCGCUUCAGGAUCCCCUUCUUCAUGUCCGAAGACUGUGAGAAUCUGAUCCGGAAGAUGCUGGUGGUGGAUCCGGCCAAGAGGAUCAGCAUCGCUCAGAUCAAGCAGCACCGCUGGAUGUUAGCGGACCCCAGCGCCCCCCACCAGACCCUCUCGCACUCCCUCACCGACUACAACUCCAACCUGGGCGACUACAGCGAGCCCGUCCUGAGCAUCAUGCACACGCUGGGCAUCGACCGCCAGAGGACCGUCGAGUCCCUCCAGAGCAGCAGCUACAAUCACUUCUCUGCCAUCUACUACCUUCUGCUGGAGCGGGUUAAAGAGCACCGGAGCCAGCAGCUUACCCGGCAAUGCGGCGGCGCUUGGACCCAGAGGAGCAGGAGCGGGUCCUCGUCCAGCCCCGAGGUGAUGGUGGAGUCAUCCGAAGGUUUCCGGCCCGCCCUUCCCGUCGCCGGGACGAUGAACAGCGCUUUGCACUCGCAAAUGGAGUGGGAUCAGGGAGCGCUAUUUCAGAGGGUGGUGUGUCCGGUGGAGGCGAGUCUGAACGGCCUCCUGUGGAAUCGCUCCAUCUCUCCUAACAGUCUCCUGGAGACCACCAUUAACGAAGAAGUGCGUCCCGGAGACCUGGAGGAGGAGGACGGGACGCUGCAAGGAUCUGCGAUCGUUCCUAACACUGCUUCACGUAGACACACCCUGGCCGAAGUCUCCGCCCGCUUCCAUCUCUGCAACCCUCCCUGCAUCGUGAUCAGUCCGUCGGACGGCGCAUCAUCGGACAGCUGUCUGAAGUCUUCGUCGAACCCGACUCCGCCCCUUUCCGCCACAGCCGUAGGAGAUCUCUCGCUGUUGGCCCCGGGUUGGGACCGGGACAUCGGGCCCGUCAGAGCACCUCUGGCACUGUCCUCCAACCGAAUCCUGCAGAACCAGGGCAGUCUGCACGCGGCAAGCUUUCAGGAGGGACGGCGAGCCUCCGAUACCUCCCUUACACAAGGACUGAAAGCCUUCCGUCAGCAGCUGAGGAAGAACUCUCGUACCAAAGGUCUUCUGGGCCUGAAUAAGAUCAAGGGCCUGGCAAGACAGGUGUGCACCCCGACCUCGUGCUCCAGGGGCAGCAGGGGGUCGUUGGGGCCCACCCUGUGCCCCCCGUCCGGCUUGCAGGGCGCCACAGGACCUCGAGAGCGACGCAGCAUGCUGGAGGAGGUGCUGCAUCAGCAGAGAAUGCUACAAAUCCAGCACCAGCCCCAGCAACAAGCAAACACGCUCUUCCUCACGCAGCUGCCCUCGUCUUCCUCUUCGUCCUCGUCUUCCCCCUGCUCUUCCCCUCCCUCCAACAGCCUGUUCGCUCCGGCUGCGCUUUUCUCCAACCCUCCACCGCAGACCUCCACCCAGAUGAUUCCUUCACAGAGCUCAGUUCCUCUUCUGUGGCAUCACCCCGUAGACCCCCCGUCCUCCUCGUACUCGUCCCUCUCUCCGGUGGUGUCGGCGGCUCACCUACUGGAAGCCCGACUGCACAUCAGCCAGCAGCCUCACCUGCACGCACAUCCUCGCUCACAGCUCCAGCUCCAGAGCUACGCCCAGACACAGCACUCGCUCGUACCCCAGCAGGCGAGUUAGAGCCUGGAAGGAGGCGGCCGUGCCAGAGCCCACGACACCCCUGAGCUCCAGGAGCAGCAACUCAGCAGCUGUGUCAUGGUCAAAUAACGACUCUUUCACAAUCCGGAGUGAAGCGAAACAGACUCUCAGUAGGAGGACGCUUCAUUUCCGAAGUGUGUGUGUGUGUGUGAGAGAGAGAUCACGGACUCGAAAGAAGCAAUAACCAAACUCUUUAGACGUCACACUCGUCCUUCUGCUUCACUCUUUAUCUCUGGACUGCCAUCUUAUAAAAGCAAUAAAUACAGGGGUGAAGUGCAGCAACACACACACACACACACACACACACACACACACACACACACACUGACACACACAGCAUGGUUUCAGAUCACGUCAGACCGCUGGAUUUUGUUCAUUUACUUUUACGGAUCUCGUAUAGGACGUCUUCCUGACAUUUAUGGAUAUUUUUCGCUUUGUUCGCUGGAACUUUUUCACUUCACUGUAGACCAAAGUUUUUCUUAGCUUUUUUUUUUUUACAUACUUUAAAACAGAAUGCGGGAUCUAAGCAAACCUCGAGGGUCGACACAAGAAAGCGGUCCGACGGUACUUUAGUAUUUAAAUAGAAAUAAACUGAAUCUGAUAUGAGAUCGGGAGGAGAAACUCCACGUCUCACACA